AUGCCGCUGAAGCUCGCCAUGAUCGUCCUCCCUCCGUUGUGCGUGACCUGCGUCGUGCUGUACCUGGCCGGCGUCCCCUGGACGACGACGGCGCAGGUUGCUGCCGCCCUGCUCGUCUUCGUCACCGUCGUAGGGCUCUGCGACCACCUGAGGCAGCGACCAUCGCCCUGGCAGCAACAACCGGGGCCGGAGGCCAUGGCCGCCGCUUCUCAGCAGGUGGCGGUCCUCGGGCUUGACGCGUCCGCCAUCACCAGCCUGCCCGCCGGCGCCGAGUGCUCCGUCUGCCUGGCCGAGGUGAAGCCGAAGGAGAUGGUGAAGCAGCUGCCCGCCUGCGCGCACUUGUUCCACGAAGAGUGCAUCGACUUGUGGCUGCUUUCUUACAGGACGUGCCCGGUGUGCUGGACUCCCGUCAACGCGGCGGCGGCAGCUGCUGUGUCGACAGGUCUGGAGGUUGUCAUGCACACUCAGGCCAACUGA